AUGCCAUCUUCGAGUCCGCCCAAGGCGGCCGCAGGGGCAGCUGGCCUGCUGGAUUCCACGAUGCCGUCGAACCCAGGUGCCACAAUGGGUUCCACCAAAGUGAUCAGGCUACCUCAGCUGCAGCCGAGUGCGGAGCAACUACUCCCCAGGUACAGCACAUUGCGUUUAGCAAAGCUACAGCCUUCGGCGAAGCUCAAAACUUGGGAUUCGCGCAGGGCAACAGGGUCAGCGCUUUCAGCGGUGCCAAUGCUGCCCGCAGCGCCGAUGUCGGCACGAGUAGAGAGGUCGCAGGUGCCCACCAUCUCACAGCUGUCCACUCAAUAUAUCCAGUCAAGCCGGAGCCCGCAGACCAGCCGAUCGCUUAGCAGGUCGGUUCGCCUUUUCGAUUCCGAGAUCUUCAACUUGGACCAUGAGGAGCUCUCCAGCUAUUGCCUUCGGGGCCGCGAGGCGAACCAACCGGGUGCACAGUUACCUUCAUCGGGCCCACAGUCCGGGACUGCUGCCCUUCAAGACGAGGAGGCGGACCAACGCCAGGUGGAGACGGUGCCAGCCCACUUGGUCCAGAUCCGGGCUAUGUACUCGCCAACAAAGACGCAGCCUUCCGAGGUGGAGGGGGCUGAAGACGGCGGUGACAGCCCCGCUUUAGGUGCCAGUGCUACGUCUCCUACCGGUGCCGAGCUGGGUGUCGUGACAACCACUGCUGAGGAGAUGUUGCAGGCCCAAGUUCCCGACGAAGAGUGGGAUGAGGAGACCAUGCUUCGCCGCGAGCUGGCCAAGUUGCGAACUGGCGAGGAUGUCAUAGCAUUCUUCGCGAAGAACGGAUCCAACAGUUCGGUGAAGUUCGUGUACUGCAAGCGAAGGGAGAAUGUGGACGUCACCGAGUUUCGGCCAUAUGACCUUGAAGUCAUCUCUGAGCUCAUGGAUGGGUCCUCCUCUGCAACGACGGCCGCAAAGCUCGGGGAGCACUUUACGAUCUCGGCCACUGGCGUGGUGCACGUGUCCCCGGGGCAGCAGAGCGAGCACAUGUCCUUGGGAGAUUGGAUGCACCAGUGCCUGAUGUACAGCGUCCUUACAUCGAUGAACUUCUUCAAGUACUACAUCCACGGCAAGGUCUUUUCACGGUGGCAGCAGCACACGCGGUUCACGCUGUACUGCCAUGCGAGGAAGAACUUGGUCAGGCGGUUGUUUUUGGCGAAGCCGCUCUUUGUGGGGCCCCUCAUCAAGAUUUGCUCGCUGAUGCGCGAGGUGGAGUCCGUAAAGGUCGUCAACAUAGGCAGCAACGUGUACAACUUGGCGGACUUUGAUCGCGAGCAGGCGACGGUUCGGUCAGCGAGCUGCGCGCAGAAGGAACUCGAGAUGCUCCACGAUCAGACGGUGGCUGCUAUGGACAAGCUGGUGCAGGUUGUAGGCCAGGCGACAGAACCGCAGAGCCACGAGCCGCCGCAGGGGACGAUGAGGAGUCAGCGUCAGAGUUCAAGCUUCGUGACUGAGUCUGCGAUGUUGGCAGUGGCACUUCGUUGGUCUGAAAUGGUUCCAUCGUGA